GGCUGUCAGGCUGUGCAGUGCUCCGCGGUGCCGCGAUGAUCAUGCAUGCCGCUGCCGGGAUGCCGGAACCUGGUCGUGGUGCUCCUCGCGAUGCUCCUUCUCCUCAUGGUCGCCGCCUCGCCGAAGGCGCGCGCUGCUCCGGCGGCGGCGUCGUCGCGCGGCGUCGACGCCAGCGCCGAAGAUGCCGACGACAACGCGAGCAGCAGCGACAGCUCUCAGGAGACGACGGUGCGCCGGCUGCGACACGGACGGGCGCGUGCCGCCGCCGCGAUCGCUGCUAGUGCGGACGUCGAUGAACUGGGCGAAGGCUCCUCCUCGUCCGAGGAGCAGGACAGUGCUGGUGGUGGGAUGGUGGCCGACGACCCGAACGACGCCAACGAGGCCGUCAAGCACCCGCGCGGCACCAGCCGCUACCUGCAGCUCUACUGCCGCACCGGAUACAACCUGGUCAUCCACGCCAACGGGAAGGUCAACGGGACCAGGGAGGACCGGAACCGAUACGCCGUCCUGGAGAUGAACGCGGUGGCUGUGAAGCUGUACAGUAUUCGCGGAGUCGCCAGCAAACGCUACCUCUGCAUGAACCGCAAGGGACAGCUCUCUGGACAGAAGCGGCGCUCGGAGAAGUGCAUCUUCCAGCUGACCGAGCUGGCCAACUCGUACACCACCUUCUCGUCGAUGCGCUACUCGCGCGGCACCCGCUGGCGGUGGUACCUGUCCAUCGGCAAGAACGGACACGUCAAGAGGGGUCGCCGGCCGCGACAGAAGGGCACCAAUUUCCUGCCCAGAAGCGUCAAAGACUUCAAGCCCUGAGUCCCGAAGACGAGGAGCCGCGGGUCGUCAUCCUGCGUUACACUGAGCAGCCCAGCAGUCGUCGUUCUCUCUCCCAAAACUCCCGAGGCCUCCCCGCCGACGGCGGGACAGUCGUUGCGACUGUUGCCCCGUGCCGCGUGGCACACAACAUCGCCGGUGACAGCACCAGAGUGAUGAAAAACCGGUCCCACCGGACUAACACUGCUGCAGUGCCGUUGCUUGCGUCUCCAAGAUCGACAACGACAUACUUCGACAUUGCGCGCCGUCUAAUGGGUUCCAGCGACCUGCAGGAUCGCCGCUGACUGGCCGCCUUCCACCAGUGGUCGCCGUGUCUUCCUGCGCUGCUUGUGCGUUCUACGGCAGUGCUUUCUACAAGAUUGCUGCCUGAUCCCGCGCAUGUUCUUCAACGCAGGUUCUUUUCUUCAUUUUGCUAGCACAAGAACUGCAGUCGUGCGCUUCACACUUCACCGCUUUGUUCUCUCGCUGUGCGCUUACUGGCGCACGAUAAUAUCGUUGACGAACGCCGAAACGAAUGCACUGCUGCAGCUCUUGUUCUAGUACGAAGGAAAAAAACGCAGUGGAAGGCGCUCCAUAUGAUCAAGUGGCUCCUAGAAACUUUUGUGUCCCUACGAAGCUGCUUCGUUCGUAUAUGCCGAAUGCAUGUGGUUUUGGUUUACCGGUGUCCUCUGGAACUGCUAUGAACAAAAUCUAGGCAAGUGUCCGGCAUCGAACCAUAACAGCGAAAACUGACUGCACACUUUAUUUGUUAUUACGUUGUGAGUUUGUGUUCGGUUUGCAAAAGGCAACGAAUGUUCGCAAUGUCGUCGAAAUUAUAUCAAUGCGAACAAGGUCAUGGUCCUAGUUUGGAGAAUACAUUUGGCUUCUAAAUGUUCACAUCCGAAAAGCAUGUGGACGGCCUGCUUUGUCUGUGUAACUUAUUUUGCUCUCUAGAUAAAGUAAAAAAAAAGAAAAAAAAUCUGCAAUGAAUGACACUUUGUUUGUUGGUGGGCGCUAAAUGCUUGUGUGCACUUCGACGAGUGCGGGAGCAAUAUACUGGGACGCACAUGCUGUUUGGCUUGCUGGAUUCAACGCCCUGUUGACGUCUGGACUGUAUGCACCCAUCUACGACCCUUGGAGACCAUCGCAACGUGGAGUAGACCGUGUAUGCUUGUGGAACGAACUAUAAGGCUGUGUUAUCUCGAGUUGCUACAGUAUCGCGUAUGUGCAUGUCUUUAUGUGAAGCACGCAAAUCUGCUCGCAGUCAUGAAAGAAGACGUUGGUGACCCCACAAGGGUCGUAUUGUUUGCUCGAGGAGUUGUGACAACGGGCCGAUGUAAUGCGCACAACCCAAGCGUGCGUUUUGUGAUGUUUAUGCUAGCUUCGCAACACUGACCUACGCGAAGAUCUACAUUUUUUUCCGCAAAAGAAGGAGUGCUUUUCACGUGACGUCAGGCGAGCCGGGUGGUGUGCCAUUCUCAACGUCAGUGCUCUCUCGUAACGGCGACGCGAUGUGAGGACAGUUCGCUUAUUGCGUCCUCACACGUGAUCCCGCACAAACAAGAGGGCGCGCAGAGUCAUUCGGUAUUAGAGUCCCUUCACAUGAGAGCCAUAUACAGGAACAUUAUUCGGUAUCGUGCCUGUGUGCAUGCAGUGGUCUACCACGGGUUUCGCUCUGUCGUCCGUGAUCACUCCCUCGUAAAGCCUGUGCGGUCCCGCUUAAUGUGGUCGUCUCGCUGCAGGCAUCCGUACUGAGCUGCUACUAGCCAUGUAUUUUGAUUGUUUUCUACUGCCAUAGCUAGAAAUAGUAGCUUGAGCACUGUAAUGUGUGUUUUGUACAUACCGGUUGAGAGGCACGCCUUAUGACGAAUCACGAAGUGGCGUCUAAAGUGGGUUUUGUUGGUGUUCAGAUCCCGUCUUUUUUUUUUUUUUUUCGAUGUGUUCGUGUAUGGGGUCUACGUUAGAACGUUUCUCGCAUUUCUGUUCCUUUCGACGUUCCUGUGCGAAGUAAGGUGCAGGAGCACUGGCGCUAGCAAGAGUUCAAAAGAUCUGAAAGACGAAAAGCACACGAUUGUUUAUAUAUUACGCGGGGCAUCAACACUCCAAGCCUUGCCCUUCUGUUUUCUUUUUUUUUAUCUCUUUUUUUUCAGUUAAGCAAGGGAACGACCUUCCUCUUAUAUGCGCUGUGUAAAUGUUUUGAGAAUUGUAGUAAGGCUCCAACAUGUAUCAUUUACUAAUUGAGAGUUUAAAACAACUACGCCCUUACGUGCUCACUCGAUAACCUUCCUAAAUUAAAACCUUACUUAUUCCUCGUUAUCUGUUAUUCCCCAGUUGAGUAGAGGUUCCCCGAUCGGAAAUUAAUGUACGUGGUCCAGUACGACGGGACAGUUUUCGCGACAAAUAUUUAUCAGCUCCGGUACACUGAUCCCGGCUCCACGCAUCUUUGAUAUGUUCAACGAUUCGACGGUUGUUUUACGCUAUUUAUUAUGUGCUCAUUCCUUGCAUCGGAAACCUGUGUCUAAUUACUAUUCUGAGUCCGGAAGCGACUUACUUGUUCCGCAAUUGUUUGUCCCGAGUUUCACUCGGUAAGCGUCCGAAGUAACGUCGCCCGAUAAAUCUUCAUCCCCUUUCCCCAAAAAACUAUUUUCUUCAACUAAACUAAAGAUGCUUCCACAAAUGCCUUUUGUACUCGUUAUUUAUUAUUAUCAUUUCACUGGCAGCAUUGCCUUUAAGAUGAAAAAAAAAAAGCAUCCGCUGCCUUCCCUCAUUUUUCUAAUGUAUUGUUUGUCAUACAACGAAAAAAAAAAUGUAUUUAUCGCAUCGCUUGCCAGGCGAUGAACACGUUCCUAACCAAAGGCUCCGACACUUUAUCUCAGCAAAGUAGCAGCACGUCGCACGCAUCAAAUUACAAGGACAACUUCCCUACAAAUUAUUUAUUCGCUGGCUUUUCGUAAGCAGUGCACUGAACGUAAAAUUUGAAUUCUUUAAUGUGUCAGAGAAACCAUUCGAUUAGAUUCUUCGUAAAGCCUAUGAAAGGUAUAGGCAUGCAAGCUAAUCUUUUCUUCCAUUUCCUAUAGUUAACCUUCUUAACUAUACUCUCUAGGCUUCAUCUAUAUUUUCUAUACGCGGGCACUAGCAACGACAAAGCUAUUGCAAGUAUAGAGGCAUUUAGAAAGUCCCCAGCCGAGGGACGUCGCAUGCAGUCAAUCCUUACCUACCUCACUAGCUUGUGUCGGCCUUGUUAAUCUAUUACUGUGCUGUGCCUAGUAUAGCAGUUCUUGCGACGGGCGUUUGCUGCCUAGAGCCCCAGACGUGCUCUGUAGCACCGAGUCUUGUCCCUCCCGUCUUGGAGUAAGCGAAGUAGCUCGUUACUUUACCGCGAAGCGCAAAUGCAUUUCAACUCACUUCGUACUCAGGACUUAACUCGGCAGCCGUAGUUUUUUUUUUUUUUUUUUUAACCAUGAUCCGAGGUAUACAAGGCAGCUUUGAGAGCGAUACAUCUUGAAGCACGCUGCUGCUGAAGGAAAGAGAAAUUUAAACUCAAGGAGAGGCAAGCAAGCACACUAUACAUCAUGCAGAUGAGAGGAACACGUACGAAUAGUAUUAUCAGCAGCGCAGUGUCAAAACGCAUAGCACAGACAAUUUGGAUGGAAACGAACGAGCAUACUGAAGGCUGGAAGACAUAAACGAUAGCUGUAAUUUUACUUAAGCGUCAGAGGACAACUAAUGAAGACGUUCGUCCCUAAAUCAAAGCCUUCUCUUUGUUCUUUCUGGUAUUGAAAAAGUGCAGACGCUCAGUGAAAUUUUAGGUGUGUUCGUCGUCCUUGGGUGCGAUAGCCGCAUUGCGCUGGAGUUUCCCAGGCAACAGGAAUACGCACAGAGCCGCCGAAAAAAAAGUUAAUGUGGUAAUUGUAAUUCUGAGAGGAACAGAAAAUUAAGCGCGAUGACAUCUUCCAACUCAUCGCGAUAAGAAAACAGAUGUUGGAUGCAGAUUUCUUGCUGAAAGUGUAGCAGAAAACGUCGUCAAAGAUGAUUGUGAAACGUCGGAAGUUCGGAACUGAAUGUGUUAAAAUAAAACGAACUUGCGCCGGUAUACGAAGCUCUGCUGUCAAAUCACCCUUUUGCAAUAAACUUCCUCAGCCUCCGAUGCCGUCUUUCCUUACGUGUAAAAGGCCCUAAAUGCCGCUAUACACGCUUUGCCUAUUCUGUCCCUCAAAAGUUGCAGUGACGUUAUUGACAGUCUUGACGACGCGCAGUUAUAACGUCACAACGAAGAGAAUAAGAGUAAAGAACGAAUCACGAGAUUCGCCAACAACAUACACGAUGAUCAGCGGGAGCUGUCGCAGUUUUGAUGGACUUAAACGUGUUCAUGGUGUACCUAGCUCAUAAAAAAAAUGCUUUCACAGGAAAAAGCAUAAAUGAUAUGCUUACUUAUUUAAGAUUUGAAGGCGACAAGCGUCCUCUGGCUUUAAUUUGAUAGUAGCGCAAGCAAUUUAUUUGCAGACGUGCCACUUCUGGCUGGUAUGAAUCUGCGAGCAAUACUCAGGUAACGUCAUCGCAUCUUUUUUUCCCACACAUUUUACUCCAUGCACGAAUCGCGACGCGUAUUUAAUACCCUAAUAAUCGAGCUUGCAUCCUUUCAUUAGCCAUGAGCCUUUCGAAUCUUACUGCCAUUUUUUGCGUUCUUCAGUGAGUGCAGCUUAGUUCUGUUGCUUUGUAAAUGUUCUGAACGUGUUUGACAAGUUUGUGAGCGCGAGUAAGCCAGUUUUAUGCGAGUGCAAUGUGAAAUGUACAGUGAAAAAAGAAAAUCGCACAAUGAAUGUAACAAGAUGCUAAACAGAAACCCUGAAUCAAAUCACACUGAUAAAGCAUUCCUUGAAAAGUGUACUUUUGUUCAUUUCGCCGUGAAAAGUUCGUUAUUAGAAGAUGAAAUGAAGGCCAAACUUCCAUUUCUUGAAUUAUGCGCCCCAACUCCAGCGCAGGUACGUCACUGUGACGGUCACGUUUCUCAAAGUAUUUUCACGUAUUUGGGUCGUUGUAACACAGUGAAUGUUCUCGAAACUUGCUCACAGACCUUUGGCGCUUUCAGAAUACAAUGAAGUGCAUCUUUACAGUUAACAAAAUAAUGACUAGGCUCGAGCAGACGCCAUAAAAAUCAAUGACGUCACUGCGAACUAGUGCGGAAACUUCAAGCCGGCGUCGCCACCCGCCUUUCGUGUUCUAUCUUAUACCUAAGCCUGAUCUAACCCUCUGAGCGGCUUUGUUGGUAUUAUAGAAAGAUGAAUGACUAAUAAAGCUCAACGUUAUAUUUGUCUAUUUAGAGUCCCUUUAACACAUCAUGAAGAUUAAACCUUCUCUUUGGGUCUACCAUUCGAAUUUUGGCUGUGGUAUAGUGAGCGCCGUGUACGCGUAUGUGUUCAAGCGAACAAAUCGUCGUAGCUUUGUCGGCAGUAAAAGCUGGCUAUUCAGCGGACCAAUACCGGAAGGCGGACGGAAAUCACACGUUCGGAAAUGUGUGUCAUUCCUGAAAAACCUGACUAAAAAUGUACCAAACCACAGAAGGCGCUAAAAAUGUACCAAACCACAGAAGGCGCUUAGAAUCGAAUCGUAAUACUGUCGAACGCCUUUUUAAUUAUGUGCUUGGGGCCUCCCAAAGUAUUCGUUAUAUAGGUCACUUCGUUGUAAAGGUCGCGCACUGCAGCUCACAAUAGAGGCGGAAUGGAAUUAUUCCUUCGUUAUGCAGGUCAUUUCGUUGCAGAAGCGUUCUUGUUGAGCUGCUUGACUGUACACAGUACUGAUCGUUUCAACGAACGACAAUGCCUGCCGAAGCUUGGCGAGAACAGAAGAUUCAUGCUGUUGGCAUUCGAUGGUGAGCUUGGCAGCAUACUGGCUGAGUUGUAAAUAUUACGUGAAGCGAUCAAUUGAAAGUAAAGUGCACGGUACGUGACUGAAAGAACUUUAUUAUGCGAAGUGUGCUUUAGGAAAAGCUAUAGAACAUGAGUGUCAUAGGCUGGAAAUGCGAUUGAUAUGUAUUUUGAGAAUUUUACAACUGAGGGGCUUCCGAUAAACAAGUGAUGAGCGUGUGUGAGAGGGAACGUGUCAGUGCAGACUUUGUCACGUUUUGCACGGUCCCUCGCAGGUGGGUGACAUUGGUGCGUUAGUUUUGUACGGUUUUGUCCUCGCUCGACUCCAUCGACAACGUACGUUCUUUAGGUCAAUAAAUCUACGUCGGGAGCACUCUCUCUAGACGCUCCAGCUCGAAAAAUGUCAAAAACGUGCACCGUGCUAUCGUGACGAAGGCCGCAGUGACAAACUGUACAGCGCAUUUAAAGAGAUGGCUAUGCAGCCUCGCAGCGAAGACCUGCAACCAACGACGGAUAUGUGAAGCGUGGUUUUUCACUUUUGUACUUUUAUACUUUUCUACCGGCUCGUUGCUGUAGUCGCUGUUGGUGCUAGCACAGAACCAGUACCCGCACCAGAAGUACACAGUUGAACGUACGCCAUGGAUAGGCUACUCCUAAAAGCAGAUGUUGAUUCUUUGAGACUUCUGCUCGGACAGAAUUACGAAGCGGAAUACAGACAAGGCGUGUCACCGGCCGUGAGCGAGAAUUACACGCUAGUUGUGCGCAGCAGCAAACUUUUCACAGUCACGUGAUCGCGAUAUAAGGAUGUUUUUCUUUUUUUUUUUUUUUUCUUUCCUGUUGUACGCAAGUUAUACGCUCGGGCGCUGCCAUAAUAACGGCUUCGUCCCAAUUUCUCGUCGUGCACUCAUAUCUAGGCUCAUAGCUUUAAGUGUAGAUAGUCUAUAUACAUAUACCAAACUCGCUCAUCAAAUGUAAAGCAUGCACAUGUCUUGUACAUAUACUAGUUCUUGUUUCAUAUAUGGUUCCCACGUGUUGUUUUCUUCUCGCAUUUUACAUUGAAGGUUGCCGCCUUUCUCACUCAAGAAAGAAAGACGCACACGUACAAUGUGUCGUCGAUGCUAUCGUUUGUCAAAGACACAAAUUUUUCGUGCAUUGGGGAGGGAAAUCGAUUUUUACGGGUACGCAUCCGUCCCGCAUUCCGAUGCAUCAGACAUCGGUGUGUGGACAUUGAAAUGUGUCACCGAACUCUUAUUUAAAGGCCGCAUUCGCAAGCCCCAGAAUCGAAAGCAGUUUGGAGCAUCCGAAUGGCGGUGAAAAUAAUAUUCAUAUACCAAAAAAGGACGGCAGACUUCGACAAAAAAAAAAAAAAAUCGUUACGAAAUUGCCACUUAAGCACGUCCCCCCUCUCCCCACCUCUUUUUCCCCCGCAUCAAGCGCAGAGUGGUAUAGGUGUUACUGUAGCAUAGAUGUGCAUAUAGUGAUGCAUCAGAUUUUUUUUAUUCAUUUAUAUUGUGUUCACAUAAUGAUAUAAUAGUAUUGUAUGAAAUUUGUGUUCUUUGUCCUUGUGUACAAGACGUGCUGUAGAACUCUUGAAAGCCUUGCAGUGGAAACUUCUACGAAAUAAACAUCUCUUCUUUCGCAACUGCA